ACGAUUGACUACGUCUUUAGCCAAUAGGGAAGUCCGUACCCGUCGUCCAAUUGUAAGGACGGUACCAGACGCUUUUCGUGUCCGUGUUGCGGCGCCAGCAUCGCGAACCAAUACCAGCGAAGGAACUUUAUACACACAACCAAUAGGAAGCCGCGGAUAGGCGAGCGCACAGAGGGAAUAAGGAGCAGUGGCUUCGCCGCGACAAUAACAGCAGCGGUUGUGACUGCCGGUCAGCUCGGUAACAGUGAGCCUUUCUCUCCCCGCAGCCAUGACGUCAGCCUCCACCAAGGUCGGGGAGAUCUUUUCUGCUGCCGGAGCUGCCUUCACCAAACUGGGAGAGCUCACCAUGCAACUCCAUCCUGUGACUGAUUCCUCUCCUGCUGGGGCCCGCUGGACAGACACAGAGAUUCAGAUGUUGCAUGCGGCUGUCAAACGCUUCGGGGAAGACUUAAAUCAGAUCAGCUCAGUUAUCAAGGAGAGGACAGUGGCCCAGAUUAAGUUCGCCGUGAAGAGGAAGAUUUACGAUGAUAACGGCGUCCCUCUGACCAGCGACUCCCCGAGGAAGUCGAUAAAGAAAGCGUCGCCCGUGUCCUCCUCUGUGCCCGCCAACAUGUCCGUGUCGGCGCCGCAGGUCGUGGGUGGCACCUCUCUCCCUGACGGCUCACAAGGAGCCAUGAAGAAGCGCAAGUCAUCAGAUGUGACUCUCAGCGCGCUUAAUGACUCCGAUGCAAACAGUGACCUGGUGGAUAUAGAGGGCUUGGGCGACAGAAGUACGAUAGCCUAAACCUGGAUCCCAGUUUCAUCAUGAACUCAGGGGACCUGCCGCUCUUAUCUCGCUGAUUAUCCCGGCCCGUGUUGCCCCCCCCCCCACCGUUUGUGUAAAUAGGCCCUGUAUAAACCCCGCCCCCUCCCACAGUGCUUGUGUUCCUUUGUUAGUAUCUAGAGCCCGGUGCUGGUUCCGGAGCCAAAGCCAACGCUGGGCUGCAACAGAUGUUUUUUAUGAAGAGAAGGAACAUUCCGGCCUGUUCCAGGUCAGUUGCACUCCCAGGGGUUGCAGGGAGUAGCCGCGGGAGAGUUUCUGGGAGUGUAUCCCUUCUUAGUGAUGUAAAAUACUGACUGAGGCUUUUUUUAUAUUGAUAAGAAUAAAAGGUGUAAAUACAU